AUUUUCUGCACGCAAGAAGAAACCAACGAGCUGUGCUCAAUCGCGAGGUGAUCAACCAAGCGGGAUGCCACGCUGCAGGACCAUCGACAGCUUUGAGGUUCAAAAUUCUUCUCUGUAGUAUCCGCAUCGUUCAUCAAGAAACAGACCGCUUGAGCUGAUCGGCUUUAGAACAUAAUAUGACAGGAAAAUCACCUACUUUAUGCACUGAGACAGCCAAUCGAGUAGAUUCAGUACCCGAGCAUUAGCGAGGAUCGUGCUAAACUCUGCAAGGUGCGCUCGAUUGAGUACCAUGUUGACACGCUUCAGAGUUCCCUUUCCCUCCCUCCCUCUUCGAUCUUGAUAACGAGAAUCGAUCUGUCAAACAAGCUCAUACCAUUCCACCUCUACGCUCAUUGCAGAGACCAUAUCUUGCUCAUCCACUCUUUCGCACGAUCCAUCCGGUUCAGAAUCCAUGUUCAGGUCGGCACGGCCUCCGUCCGCUUUUCCGCUGCAAUCCAGGUCAAGAAAUGGCGAGCUGUGAAGGACCUACAUGACACAAAAACAGCACGAGCUCGAAAAGCCUCCACUCACCCCGCAGUCGAAUCCACGCACUAGAGCCCGAUUAGUCGAUGGAUCAUCGACCCCGCCAAAGCAUCGGGACCGAGCGUGCGCCAGGUUUUCCGAAUCGCAGUCCAGUAAGAAGCUGGGCCGUCGACUGCGUAAGCGUCACCGAGUUAUAUAUUAUCGUGUGCUGUCCUGUACGUGGUGCGGUACUGCAAGGAGGCCGAGUAGGGUUUUGGAGCACGGGCGAUGGGAGAGGCUUAUGAUGCUGGCCGAGGUUCGGGGUUUUGGUAAUGUUUGAGCGAGUGGCAGUGCCAGAGAGGGAAGGAUGGAUUUGCAGAAUUUUGAACUCGUGCAUGGGAUUCUGCUGGCCUCGGCGGGAGUGCCUCCUAAUCUCGUUCGCCAGCUUCACUCGAAGCUGACUAACGACAUUUACGAUGGAGGCAACUGUUUCGAGAUCGAACCAUGCGAAGAUGGGCUCCAGCGGAGAUUGGUGUUGACCUGUGAUAAGCUGGAGAAAGAGUCUCAGGUUUUCCUUGUCGAUCAUGCUUGGUCCUUUCGACUCACAGAAGCCAGGAAACAGCUGGAGGACGUCGCUGGGCUUGCGGAACGAAUGGGCAGAUUGAUGUGCGUUGUGGACGAGACAGAGGACUGUGAUGAGUCAACAGAGGGAACUACCGAGAAAGAAGAAAAACAGAAGGCCGAAACUUUGUUAGUAAAUAUAAAGAAGAAAGCUGAAGAAUCCAAAAGUAAAGUUCAGUGGUUGGAGCUCGACGAUCUUAACAUCGACGAUGAGCAGCUCCGAGAGAUUAACUUGUCGACCAAUUUUCCGGACUUGGUUGGAUUGAGCCUUUGGGGAAAUAAGUUGGAGUCUCUUGACGUCCUUCUGGAAGCGGUUGGUGGUCUAUCUACGUUGCGGGCUCUCUGGAUUAAUAAAACUCCUCUAAAUAGCAAGUUGGAAACUGCUGCAAAAGAUGCUCUUGUGAGUGCACUACCUGAGCUGGAGUUGUACAACAGUCAAUUCACCAAACGUUGCACUCAGUGGGCUGUUGGAUUCUGUGCUGGAAUAUACGGACCUGAGAACCCCGUUGAAAGCAGUGGUCUGAGCCACCCUCUCGAGGAGCUGACAGAUCUUGAUCUUUCGGGGAGGAUGCUUUCGAAGUUGUCACCAGAGAUUAUCAGCCCGCUUGAGAUGCCUGAUCUUGUCAGUCUCAAUAUCAAAGGGAACCCUCUGAACGAUUCGAGUGCAAGCCUGGUCCAGACUCUUGCAUCGUUCCAAAGUCUGCACUUUCUUCAGGUUGACAUUCCUGGACCGUUGGGAAGUAGCGCGCUGAAAAUAGUACAGUCGCUUCCAAAUCUUCAUAAAGUCAAUGGGGUGUCAGUAAGUGUCAUAUUGAACAAAGGUAUGGAAGUACUUGAUAGCGACAUGAAGCCCCGUCUUCCUGUCUGGUCACCAGAAGAACCUAUCGUCGAUCGAGUUUUACGAGCGAUGUGGUUGUAUGUAAUGACAUACCGGCUAGCGGACGAAGAGAAACUGGACGAGACCCCAAUCUGGUAUGUCAUGGAUGAGUUGGGCUCCGCACUUAGGCACAGUGAUGCACCGAAUUUCAAAGUCGCUCCCUUUAUGUACCUUCCAGAUGGUACUGUGAAGUCUGCAAUUAGCUAUUCCUUGCUGUGGCCCGUACAGGAUGUGGUCAAAGGUGACGAAUGUACCCGGGACUACCUGUUUGGAGUAGGGGAGGAUAAACAACGUUCUGCAAGACUCACUGCCUGGUUUCAUACACCUUCGACGUUCUUUGCGGAGGCUUACAGCGCCUACCAGAAGAGACUUGCCACUCCUCUUUCGAAAGUGAAGGCAGUGUCGAAUGAAGGGCCACGAACUAAGAGUAUUCUACCCCGCGAUGGACGGCCUCUUGCUGUGUACUCUGACAUUCCUUUUGUACAGGAAUUUCUUCGUCGGCCUGAAUUUGUUCUCACGGAGAAGCCGAAUGAGGCAGACAUACUCUGGACAAGUAUGCAGAUAGAUGAAGAAUUUAUCAAGGCUGCUGGUAUUAGUACACAUCAGUUUAUCAACCAGUUCCCGUUUGAAUCGUGUUUGGUGAUGAAACAUCACCUUGCCGAUACCAUGCAACAGGCUUAUGGAUCUCCACCUUGGCUGCAACCCACCUAUGAUAUGGAGCGGGAUCUCCCUGCUUUAAUAGGAGAUUAUCUAGAACGUGAAAGAAGCGAGCAAAACAAUCUUUGGAUAGUCAAACCAUGGAAUAUGGCUCGUACUAUUGACACUACUGUGACUUCAAGCUUGCCACAAUUGAUUCGCCUGGUGGAAACUGGACCUAAAAUUUGCCAGAAGUACAUAGAUCCACCCGCAACUUUUCAGGGUCGGAAAUUUGAUUUGCGAUACAUCGUGGUGUUGAGAAGUGUGCAACCUUUGGAGGUCUUCCUUUGUGAUGUAUUUUGGGCAAGGUUUUCCAAUAACCAGUACACAACCGAGGAAAGCAGCUUGUCGGAGUAUGAGACACAUUUCACAGUGAUGAACUACGGGCGUCAAAUGAACCAUAUAAAUACACAUGACUUCGUACCCGAGUUCGAGAGGGAAUACAAUGUGCAGUGGAAGCAUAUUCAUGAGAAGGUGAGAGCGACGUUGCGUCAAGUUUUCGAGGCACCUGGUUUAGUACAUCCUGAAAUGCACUCUCCAACAGCACGAGCAAUGUACGGGGUCGAUCUCAUGUUGGAUGCCAAUUUUGAACCAAAACUCCUAGAGGUUACGUACUGCCCGGAUUGUGCCAGAGCCUGCAAGUACGACGUGAAGAAGGUGGUAGGUGACGGGGGCCUCAUGCUAGGAAAGGAGUUUGUCAAUUCCGUCUUUGGUUGUCUUUUCCUGAAUGAAGAUUCCAAUAUGCAACAGCUAUAAUACUAGCACCGCAAGAUUUGCAAUAAAAUGAAUUAUUUGUAGUAGACAUGUAGCUCUCACAAUAUUUCAGUACUUCAUGAGAACUGAUGCUUGUUGAAUUAGGCGUCUCUGCUGCAUGAUUGUCUUGGAAGUUGUGAAUUUUAAUGUGCCGAUUCGGUUGGUU